GAUAUAAGAUAUAAGGUUAGCUUUUACUUUCAAAGCAAAGCAUCGGCAUCGUGGUUCAGAAUUAAAAAAAUAUUACAAGUGAAUACAAGCAGAAACGAGCAAGUAAGCAAGAGGAUCAGUGGUAAUCAGUGUUGUGUUGAACUUAUAUUUUAAUUAUACAUAAUAAAACUUAACACUGAAUUAUUGUUAUAAGUUAACACGCAGAUACUGAGUAAUAAUGUGACUAUUGGCGGGAAAAUUUUAAAUUAUAAAUUAACCGCAUGGAAAAUUACGUAUGAAAACGUAAUACAUAUAUUUUAAAAGUUGUGUUGAUAAAUAGUAAGCUGUUUGAUAUAAUAUAUGAAUUCAGCAGUAUUUAUUGUGCAAAAAUUAUUCUUCAAUAUGCUUCACAAAACCCCAAGGCCAUUAGUUUUGUGUGGUCCAUCAGGAUCUGGAAAAAGUACAUUGAUUAAAAAAUUAUUUGAUGAAUUUCCAGAUAAAUUUGGUUUUUCAGUAUCACAUACAACAAGACAGCCAAGACCUGGCGAAGAAGAUGGUAAACAUUAUCAUUUUACAAAUAAAUCUAAAAUGGAAGAUGAAAUAAAUAAAGGUGAAUUUAUUGAAACUGCUGUAUUUAGUAAUAAUUUAUAUGGCACGAGUAAAAAAGCUGUUGAAAAAGUUAUUAAUAAUGGAAAAAUAUGUGUUUUGGACAUUGAUAUGCAAGGUGUUAAACAAAUUAAAAAUACUACACUUGAUCCAUUGCUUAUUUUUAUAAAACCUCCGUCGAUUGAAGAAUUGGAGAAACGAUUGAGAAAUAGAAAAACAGAAACUGAAGAAUCAUUACAACGUCGAUUAAAUACUGCUAUUGAAGAAAUAAAAUAUGGUGAUGAGCCAGGUAAUUUUCAUCGGGUAAUUGUCAAUGAUGAUGUUGACAAAGCUUACCAUGAAUUACGUGACUUUAUUUUACGGGAAUUGAAAUAAUUCAUAAAUCAGUGAUUUAAUUUAUUUAUUUUUUAUUUUUAUUAAAAAACAAAAACUUAAUUAUUUAAUUUACAAUAAUUAAAUAUUUAAUGAUACAAUAAUCAAAAUCAUGAAAACUUUUAAGUAUUUAUUGACAUGCCUUUUAUUUUAUAUUAAAAUAUGUAGACGAUAAAACGUAAUCACAUUUAUUAGUAAUAUUUAAAAAUAGCAUUUAUUUUUAAGUUAAUUUUACACAGACAACAUAUUAAUUAUAUUAACGAUCAUGUUUAUUUGUUUAUAAUUACUUUAUUAUUUUAUACAUUAUUAUUUAAAUUGUAAAAAAAUAAACUGAGAUUGUUCACCAAAAAAAGUUGUGUUCUAGUGACAAGAAUUUGUUACAAGAAAUAUUUUUCAAUAGACAUGUUAAAAAAAUAUAAAUAGAUUUUAAAAAAUAAAUAACAUCACUUUGCAUACAUAUAUUUAAUUGGAAUAAAGCAAAUUAUUUCUUUUUAGUGUAGUAAACACAACUUAAACUUAUCAUAAUGCAAAUAAAGUUAUGGAAAGAUAAUAGAGGUAUUAAAUUUUAAUUUAUAUUAGUAGUAAUUAACUGUACACUUUUCCUCAAUGUUGGUUUAUGUAAAAUAGUCACUAUAAAUUAGGGUAGUCAUUAAAAAUUAAAUUUUCUCAGGCACCCGUAAAAAGCUUCUUUUUUAGUGAAAAAAUACCUGGGGAAUUUGGUUUUUUUUUUUUUUU